AGCAGUCGCACACGGAAGAAGGAACACAUUAACAGGUGGAAAUAACUCACAGACACAAGGUGUAUCUGACAGUAAAUCACAGUCUACAAUCUGAAACACAGAUUCAGUCAAACAGAUCAGGAUGAAGACGCUGGCAUUGCUCUCACUGAGCCUGGCAGUGGCUCUGGGGAUGCCACCAUUUGCUCAAGACAUGGCACAAAACCCUGUGUUGACUGAAGAAAACCAGAGCCCUGUCAAGGGAGACUGGGUUCCUGUGCAGGGUCAUGUGGUGGUGGAGGAACCCGCACCACAAAUGAAGCCAAGCUCCAAGGAGCAGCAGGAAAAACUGGCUGCAGUGCCAGUGGACAUGAAGCCGAGCGUGGUGGAGCUAGAGAGCAAAGUGAAGCCACAAGUAGAAGAGAAGCAAGAGGUUGAAGUAAAGACAGAGGAUAAACCGGAGCCAGAGGUGAAAGUGGAGCCUGAAGUGAAGGUGGAGCCAGAGGUGAAGAUGGAGCCUGAAGUGAAGGUGGAGCCAGAGGUGAAGAUGGAGCCUGAAGUGAAGGUGGAGCCUGAAGUGAAGGUGAAGCCAGAGGUGAAGAUGGAGCCUGAAGUGAAGGUGGAGCCUGAAGUGAAGAUGGAGCCUGAAGUGAAGGUGGAGCCUGAAGUGAAGGUGGAGCCUGAGGUGAAAGCAGAGCCAGAAGUGAAGGUGGAGCCAGAAGUCAUGGCUGAAUUCAAGGUUGACAUGAAGCCAGAGGUUGAGAUGGAGCCAGAGCUCAAAGAUGAUCCCGACUUUAUGGUGGAGUCAGAGGUUAAGGUGGAGCCAGAUGUUCUAGAGGUGUUUCAGAGGCGAAUGAACCUUGAGGCAGAGACUGAAGCAAGUCAGGACAUUGAAGAGAGGCACAUCGACAUGGAGGGAGAAUAUGAAAUGGUGGCUGUGCCAAUCAUGGACUUGGAGCCAAUGGAUGACGAUGAUGACACAGAACUGUCAGAAGUAGAAAAGUCUUUGAGGGCAGCAUUUCAGAAUCAAGUCCCUGUCAAUCAACCUCUGCCAGAGGAAGAGGAGGGGUUCAUACGGGAGAGGACCUAUGUUUUGAAUGAAGAGCCAAUCAUGGAGCUGGAGACACUGGAUGACGACAACGUGCCUGUAGAGAAACUGAGCAAUUCAGUGCUGUUAGGAGCGAAGGGAAACCCUGAAUUGGUGGGUGAGCCAAUCAUGGAGCUGGAGCCACUGGAUGACGACAACGUGCCUGCAGAGAAACAGAGCAAUUCAGUGCUGUCAGGAGCAAAGGGAAACCCUGAAGUGGUGGGUGAGCCAAUCAUGGAGUUGGUACCACUGGAGGACGACGACUCAGAGCUGUCAGAAGUGGAAAAGUCUAUGAGGGCGUCAUUUCAGAAUCAAGAUCCUGUCUAUCAACCUCUGCCAGAGGAGGAGGGGCUCAUAAAGGAAAAGAUGUAUGUUUUAGAUGAAGAACCAAUCGAGGGGCUAGACCCUGAAGAGCCUCUUUUAUAUCAACAGAUCAUACCAGAUGCUGCUCUCAUGGACGAAGGGCCAGCUUUGGACAGUUUGGGGCAGCCGAUGCUACCUUUAGAGGAGUAUUACCCAAAUGAAGAGGCUAGGGUAUGGAUGGGGCAGGACGAAAUGCAAAACUUUCGCAUGAUGGAGGGGCCGGACUAUGUGAUGAUGGAGGAACCAGGGAAAGAGUCAAUCAGAGAGAAAGAGCCAGCAAUGGAGGGCGGUCCUGUGCAUUAGAUCAGAGAUCAGAUUGGUACAGCACCUCAAAGAGAAAGAAGGUGUUUGCUGACGCAAUCACCAAAGCAAGGUUAAGUGUAAAUAAAAUAGUAUGAAUAUACAAACAUACAGUAUGGACAUGAGGAAUGAUUACAGUGACCAACAAUAAGUGUUUAUAGGUGCAUGUGAUUUUUGUUUGAAGAUAAGUUCGGAAAAAAAAAAAAUGUGAACGUAUCCUGUAAAGAGAAACAAGUUUGAAAUGCUGUAAUUCAAUAGUGUUAAAAUGGAUGUAGUGUUGGUGUCAUUUCAGCAUUUAUAUGCACCAAUUUGUGCCUUUUCUGCUUUAAUGUAUGGUGUCGAUGUCUUUUAUUUUUACCAAAAUAAAAGUCUUCUGCUA